CACCUCCACAUAACGUCCAACACCACACAAGGAGCCACAGACAGGACUGAACCAAGGUGUACUGAAGGGAACGCGCAACUUUGAGUCACCUGGAACAAAACGGAGCUAAUAGAUAAAAAAAAAAAAAUAUAUAUAUAUAAAAUAGCAAGAAAUUAAGGAAAAAAGGGAGUGUUGUGAUUAUAAGUGCGUUAGAAAAUAAUUGAAUUCCUUGAAGUUUCUAGUUUGAAGUUCUUAGUUACGUGUCUCGCCUCACUCCGUCACCAUGUUAAUGAAAGCGCUGGCAGAAGUGAAGGUGAAAGUUGAAGUCAAGCCUGGAGUGGACAACCUGGUGUUCAGACUUCACUACCGCUACACCUACAUUGUCUUCCUCACCUCAGCUCUCCUCGCCACACUCUACGAUGCCAUAGGUGACCAGAUCGACUGCCUCACAGACGUGGACUCCGACUCUUUCAACGACGUGGUGAACAGCUACUGCUUCAUCAUGGGCACCUUCACCGUGGACCGCCUGCACGGCCGCCAGGUGGGCCAGGAGGUGCCGCAUCCCGGGGUGGGCCCUCCGGAGAUGAAGGACUCCAUCACCUACCAUACCUACUACCAGUGGGUGCCCUUCGUCCUCUUCGUGCAGGCCGUGAUGUUCUACAUGCCCCACUGGCUCUGGAAGAUUACGGAGGGCGGUUUGUUCAAGCACAUCAUCCAGGACCUCUCUAUCAGGGACUACCUCGGAGGGAACCUCGACAUAUACUUCAACAAGGACAAGAGGUUCAAGGCGCUGGCCAAGUACUUGAAGCGCACCAUGAACAGCCAUCACAGUUGGGCCUACAAAUUCUUCUUAUGCGAGCUGCUCAACCUGGGCGUGGUGGUGGCCACUCUCUUCUUCACCGACUGGUUCCUGGGCGGGGAGUUCCUCACCUACGGCACCAGCGUGUUCGCGGUGGCGGGCCAGGACCCCGAGAACCGCACCGACCCCAUGUCGUACGUGUUCCCGCGGAUGGCCAAGUGCACCUUCAGGAGCUUCGGGCCGUCGGGCACCAUCCAGGUCAGGGACAUGAUGUGCCUCAUCGCCACCAACAUCAUCAACGAGAAGAUCUACCUGUUCCUGUGGGUGUGGCUGGUGCUGCUCACCACCCUCACCUCCCUCUGGAUGCUCUACAGACUCCUCACCAUCCUGCUGCCGCCACUCAGAAACCAGCUGCUGAAGCUUCGCGUGGACAGAUCAGUGCGAGGCUUGCUGAAGGAUGUUCUUCGCGGCGCCUCUCUCAGUGACUGGCUACUUCUGUACAGUCUCGGGAAGAACAUGGAGCGCAGCGUUUUCACAGAGUUCAUCCUCUUCCUGCACAGCGAGAUGACAUCACUCCCCUCGGUGCCAAAAGACCCGGAGGAGGAAUUGAAGCAACAGUUAUUCAGGGAGGACUUCAUACUCCCAAACAUCCCAAAGGAGAGAGAGACACCGAAGAAAGUGAGGGAGUAUGCGUAUUAGAGAGAGAGAGAGAGAGAGAGAGAGAGAGAGAGAGAGAGA